CGUACGCAACGAAAAAAAACAGGAAAGACGUGAUGCUUUAUAGUACCCAACCAGCAGCCGAGGGAGGAUGGUGUAGUGAGGAAGUCUUUCUCUUCGAUUCGCUUCUUCUCUCUCUCUCUCACGCAAUCACUCUCUCUGCUAUGCACGGCGUUCUGUGAACCCUAGCCGAAGCAAAAGCGAGGAAGUCGAUUUCCCAAGACGAGAGCUGUGAAGGCUAGCAGAGUACUCCGGCUCCUCCUCUAACACUUCCAUCUUCUUCUUUUGGCUCUCCUGCUUCAUUUAGACUUUCUGGGAUGGAGGCAGAUGCGGCAGUAGAGGUAAAGCGACCAUUCAGGCUGCGAUGCUCGGUGCAGAACUACGACUGGGGGAUGAUCGGCGAGGAAUCGACGGUGGGGAGGCUAUUCGCAAGGAACUCUGAGCAGAUGAUUGAGGCCGGUAAGCCGUACGCAGAGCUUUGGAUGGGGACGCACGAGUCCGGGCCUUCGUUCGUAGACCUCGGCCUCGCUGAGGGGGAGCGGCUGGCCCUCAAAUCGUUGGUAGAGGAGAAUCCUAGCCUUCUCGGAGAGAAGGUUGUGAAGAGGUGGGGGAAGGAUCUCCCUUUCUUGUUUAAGGUUCUUUCGGUGGCAAAGGCUUUGUCGAUACAGGCGCAUCCGGACAAGGAGUUGGCGAAGUUGCUUCACAAAACGCAACCGAAGAUUUAUAAGGACGCAAACCAUAAGCCAGAAAUGGCAAUUGCGCUUUCGGAAUUCAAGGCGCUAUGCGGGUUUGUAAGCUUGAAGGAGCUGAAGGAUGUUCUUACUCACGUGCCUGAGAUUUUGGAGCUGGUUGGUACGGAAAAUGCUAGUAAGGUUAUGAAUAUCCAAGAGCUAGAUGGAAAUGAGGUAGUUAAAGAUAGUUUGCAAUCUAUAUUUACUACACUUAUGACAGCCAGCAAAGAAGUUAUUUCUGAAGCAUUAAAUGAACUCUCAUGUCGUUUGGGCAUGGAUAAAAAGGUUAGGGUACUUACAGAAAAGGAGGAAUUAGUGUUGGUUCUAGAGAAGCAAUAUCCCGGUGAUGUCGGUAUUAUAUCAGCCUUUUUUUUUAAUUAUGUAAAACUCAACCCAGGCGAAGCACUAUAUAUUGAUGCAAAUGAGCCACAUGCUUAUGUUUCUGGUGAGUGUAUUGAGUGCAUGGCGACAUCAGAUAAUGUUGUAAGAGCUGGAUUGACUCCUAAGUACAGAGAUGUUCAAACUCUUUGCUCUAUGUUGACAUACAAACAGGGCCUUCCUGAAAUCUUGCGUGGGGAUUCCGUGAACUCAUACAUAAAACGUUACGCACCUCCAUUUGAUGAAUUCGAAGUUGACUUCUGUUUGAUUCCACCAGGAGAGUUCAUUGUGCUCGCUGAAAUCUCAGGCCCCUCGAUAUGGCUCAUUAUUUCUGGGGAUGGUGUUCUGGGGAUGGGUAAUGGUGCUACAACUGAAGAUGUUUCUGAGGGAAACGUAUUUUUUGUGCCUGCUCAAUGUGAGAUUUCCUUUAGUGCUGGUGCUACCAGAUCACUACAGCUUUAUAGAGCUGGUGUGAACAGCAGGUUCUUCUUCAAUUAGUAGCAGUUUAGCACUUUGUACAACCCAGAACAUAAGGGUCUUCAAACAAUGUUGCCAGUUCCCAAAACUACGAGGUAUUUUACUACUUAUAACUAAAUCCCCUUUGCCUAUGUAAUAUGUAAGAAUCCCAUGGUGUAAUUUGGUGUAUAAUUUGUAUAGUUAAAUAAAAUUAAUAAUGUAAUUCGAAACAUUUCAGUUGUUGUGAGAUAUUA